ACAAUUUCCAGUGCAAUAUUCAAUUUUUAAACAGUUUACAACUGUGUUUUGUAUUUUUUAGAUCUAAUACAUAAUAUAAACACUUGAUUUUUUUUUCGAACGCGUUGGCACGUUCUCGGAAAAUCUUUCGAUUUAGUAAGCCGCGGUUUAGACAUGUUUGUGUACUUCCGACAAAAUAAUAACAAACGAAUAAAAGUUGUUACGAAAUGGCAUUAAGCUGUGAUAUAGAGUCGUUGAAUAUUGACGAUUUAAAGGAAGAACUGGCUUUUAUAGUAAAUGACAUCAUUGAUGACGUAACACUUGGCUUGUGUUUCGAAGUCCACCGUUCCUGUAAGCUGGGAACUCUAUUUCUGGGAGAUACAGAUCCGCAAUCCCAGAGGGAACAUGCCAUUGUAGAUGAGCCUGGUGUGGAUGUGUUUGGGAAUCCUCCAGCCAGGAAACAGCUUGAGUGUGUCUGUCCCAACUGCCAGCGCAACCUUGCGGCCUCUAGGUUUGCACCCCAUCUAGAGAAAUGCAUGGGAAUGGGCCGUAAUAGCUCCCGCAUUGCCAGUAGACGCUCGCAGAAAGCUUUGAAAGACAGAAUUGAGGCAGAUGGUAAACCAGACAGUGGAGAUAGUGAGGAUGAUUACAAUGAUGCCGACUGGUCAUUAUAUCCUGAUAAGAAAGUAAAGCGUUUGAAGAAAGAGAAAAGAAGUAAUUCACCCCGACGCCAUAAAACUUCAAGACUGAAAAAUGGUUCACAAUACACAGGGGACAUGACUGCAGAGUCCACUAUAAAACAAGAGAGAGCUGAUACGCCAGAUUCCAUAGGGGGCUAUGAAUAUAUGUCAUUAGAAGAAAAGAAAACGCUUCUUAUGUCCACUUGCGGUGUUAUAUCUGGACAUACCAAGAAAAUGUGCACAAGGUCACACAAGUGUCCGCAGCAUACUGAUAGUCAGAGACGACAUGUACGACAGUUCCUCCUAGGAACAGGGCUAUGCACGGAUGAUGAUGACCCUGUGGAUAUCGACACAUACGUGGACGGUGACAGCCAAUCCCUGCGGGAGACUCUCCAGUGGGAGGCUGCCUCAAAUACCUCCUCUCCCACGGACUCGACCUCCACAAAUAACAGUACCAGUAACUCGAGUUCAAAAAAGCGUCAUGGUAAAAAAUCAUCAAAAAAGCGGAAGAAUCCGAAAGGCCACUCCUACCAUUCUGGGAGUGGAAGUGGUUGUCAGACCCAUGGCUUGUAUGAUUUGGACUGACAAAUGUGGUAAUCUAGCGUGUGUGCCAAUCACUUUGUGGUCCAAAUGAGGUAGUUCUAUGGCAUGAAGGGGUGUUGCAUAUGGCAUUAAAAGCUGUUGCCUAUAGCAUUAAUUAGUUUUGCCAGUGGUAUCAAUAAGUGUUGCUUUAAUUGUUAAUUUCAAUAUCCAGUUGUUGUGACAGUGAUUUUAGUCUUGAGUGCUAACAUUUCAUGUGUAUGAUUUUGAUUUAAGUCAAGUGCUUUUAUGUUAUUGGAUGCUUUAUGACAUGGUGGGCUUAUCAUUUGUUAUAAAUACACAUGGUUAUAUAAAAAAGAAAUAUUAGGCUAGUCAAUUGUUCUAAGAGUUUGUAUCAGUCUAGUGGCUUGUGUUAUGAAGUAUCACACGAGAGUCGGAGUCUCGAGUGUGAUGCGAAAUAGCACAAGCCACGAUAUAUUCCAUAUAUCUUUACAUUUUCUUUUGGCAGAUAUAAAAGGGGCUUAUCGCUGUUUGUGGAAAACAUUAAUAAAAUGACGGUCUUUCAGAAACAAUCAUAAAAGUGUAGCAUUUCAAUAUAUGGAUUGUAUAGAAUAGUUGAACAUAUUAUUUUAUGUGUAGAAAGGGGUCAUCUGAACACAACAAAUAUCAAUCAGGAAAAUUAGUAUUUAUACAAAUGAUGUGUUUAUGUAUGAGGUUCAUUGUACACAUGGUUACUGAUUGGCUUUAAUAUUAAAAGUAUGGGGCUGUCUUAUCAAAGAUCGUACGACAUUGUUAACUUACGAUUGCAUUUUGUAAUUUAAAAAUAUAAGUGAUUAUAAUUUGUAUGUUUCAAAUAUAAUGGAUAUUUGACAGCUUCUUUGGAAAUGAAUGGAAAUGUUCAACAAAAGUAAUUAUAAAUGCGACGGUUACGUUUAUAUGGCGCCUCGAAAAUUGCAUCGUAAGGUGAGAAUGCCGUACGAUGUUUGAUAAGACGGGCCCCUGAUUCCUAGCUUUAAGAAUUAAGAUGUCUUUCUUCUGUUACAAGAUCUGAUUGAUGUCUGAAAUGUUGUAUUAUUGGAUGAAUGGAACUUGCAAGUUAUUGUUCAUAAUAUGUAUUGAUAUUUUGUGUAUCACAAACAGCCAGUUAAUUUUCAUUACAAACAUGUGAAGGCAUUACUAUUUAUUAAUUUUAGGAGAAAGUACAGACUUGCCAAAACUGAAAUCAAGUUUAGGUUAGAUUUACACUGUCAGAAAAUAGUUAGAUAAGCACUUCUGGGAACACUUACCCAUAUAACACAAAUAUAACCGUAACUGAUUUGCAAUUGCAUGUAUACAACACACAUUCAAGGGGCACCUAUGUAACAAAAACAGGAGAGUGUUUACAAAUAUGCUAAAGGAAAAUAACUUUCAUAUAUGGAACUUUCACUUUCCAAAGUCUUUUAGAUGUUUAAAUGAUGUUUAAAAUAUAACCGGGGGAAAAUCAAAAGUAGGACUUUCAAAGUUUCAUAGGCUCUCCAUGGUUAUCAUUCCCAUCUUAAAGUUGGAGCUAUUCCCUUAAGAUGUUCAAAAUUGAAGUACAAUAAAUUCAGUUGCUGUAUGUAUAUAGUUAUUUGAAUACAUAUAUACAUUUACCUAUUUAUUGGCCAUUUUUACACCUUAAAUGACUUUCGUUAGUAGCCUGAAAGACUCUAGCAGAUACUGCAUUUAAAUGAGAAUUUAUGUUCAGAAAUUAUAAAUAUGAACCUUUUUUAAGCAAAGAAAUUCAGAACUUCAUUAUUAUGUUAACUUUCUGUUUAUCACAUAUGUAUACAUGUACGUAAGUGAGAUACAAAUACCGGUUGUUUAUUUUUUGUUACCUGUAAUGUUUCUUUAAAAGAAAUAAAAAGUAAAUAUCAAAGUAA